AUGCUUGAUGAAGAGGCCCCCAUGCCAAAUGGGUCGUGGCCUGCUAGUCAGGGCGAUGUAUACUUCGCAGAGCCCUACACGGUCAAGAGAGGCGAGGUUUUUGAUGGCGAAAUGAAGACAUUCCAACGCUCAAACGUCAAGUGCAAUGGUGAGACAGAGAGCAACUGGAAAAAUUCUGUCUUUGUCGUCCAGCCUGGCGGUACACUCGAAAACGUGAUCAUCGGUACGGAUCAAAUGGAGGGCGUGCACUGCGAGAACGGCGAUUGCCUGUUCAAGAACGUGUGGUGGGAUGACGUGUGCGAGGACGCGCUGAGUAUCAAGGGUGGUUCAAACGGCAGCGUGACAAAGGUGAUUGGAGGCGGUGCGCGCUCGGCUCCCGACAAGGUGGUGCAGCAUAACGGCUAUGGUUCCAUUUACAUUGAGGGCUUUUAUGUGGAGGGCUUUGGUCAAUUUUACCGCUCAUGCGGCGACUGUGGCAGCAAAGGUGUCAGCAUUAGCAUUAAGAACGUGUUCGCCGUCAACGGUCGCGUGAGUAUCUUGACGGCAAACAAGGGCGACAAGGCAACGGUUGGGAACAUCAAGAUUAAGGGCAAGAGGGUCACCGCGUGUUCGAGCAAGUCGGGUCUGCUGGGGAGGAUCUGCAAUUUCUUGCCAAGUAGCAUCACUUAUGUGUAG